AUGGUUUCUGACGAGCGAGCGCUCGCCAAAAUGAAGGACGAGGAUCUCAUCCUUUCCCCGUUUGAUGGCAUCGAGAAGGGAGCUGUUCUUCAGGAAUGCCGUAUUUUCAACGAUCUCCAAUUGAAUACACGCCGCUGCGAGCAAGUCCUAAUCCGUCUUUUGUACCUCGUUGGACAAGGUGACCAUCUCUCCUCAGAGGAAGCCACCAACGUCUUUUUCUCCGUCACGAAGCUCUUCCAAGCAAACGAGCCCUCCCUCCGCCGUCUCGUUUAUCUCGCCAUAAAGGAGCUCGCCCAUACAGCAGAGGAAGUCAUUAUCGUCACUAAUUGUCUUACUAAGGAUAUCAAUUCGGAUGUCGACAUGUAUCGCGCCAACGCGACUCGCGUCCUUUGCAAAAUCACAGACGCCCAGAUGGUUCAGCAAAUCGAGCGUUAUCUCAAACAGGAGAUCGUCGACCGCAAUCCCGUUGUAGCCUCUGCUGCUUUGGUCUCGGGCCAGCAGCUUAUCAUGCACAAUAAGGGCGACGUCGUGCGUCGUUGGGUUAAUGAGGUCACACAGGCUUUGGAUCACAAAUCUCCCAUGGUCCAAUAUCACGCGUUGGCCUUGCUUUAUCUUAUCAAGCAACAUGAUCGUCUCGCCGUUUCCAAGCUCGUCCAGUCGAUGUGCCGCCAGGGUGUUCGCUCACCCAUGGCUACAGUUUUGCUCAUUCGCUACGUCGCACGCAUCAUUGCUGACGAACCCCCAUCGCAAGUGCAAGAUGCAUACGGAGAACCAAGACCAUUCUUUGGCUUCUUGGAAGCCUGCCUCAAGCACCGCAGUGACGUUGUCAUUUACGAGGCCUCUCGCGCAAUUGCAAAUCUCCCCAACGUCACACCGACUGAACUGCAACAUGCUGUCUCUAUCCUGCAACGCUUCCUCGUCCAGCCCAAACCCUCUUUGCGAUUUGCUGCAAUCAGAACUCUCAACCAGAUUGCCUCGACCAUGCCAUUGGCAGUAACCUCGUGUAACGCCGACAUGGAGGUCCUCAUUGCGGACCACAACCGCUCAAUUGCCACCCUCGCCAUCACUACCUUGCUGCGCACCGGAUCAGAGAAUUCUAUUGAGAGACUGCUCAAGCAAAUCCAAACAUUCUUGUCAGAUAUUGCAGAUGAGUUCAAGGUCAAAGUCGUCAGCGCCAUCCACGCCCUUUGUAUCAAAUACCCUAGCAAGUACUACGCUUUGAUGAAUUUCCUUGGGAACGCACUUCGUGAAGAAGGUGGGUUCGAAUUCAAACGGGCAAUUGUCGACGCAUACCUUGGACUUAUGGACAAGAUCCCGGAAUCGAAAGAGACCUGUCUGUCACACCUCUGCGAAUUUAUUGAAGAUUGCGAGCACACCCAGCUCUCUACCCGGAUCUUACAUUUGCUUGGGAAGGAAGGGCCUUCGAUGCCAGAACCUGGGAAGUACAUUCGCUACAUCUAUAACAGACUCAUAUUAGAAAACGCCACAGUCAGAGCUGCUGCAGUCUCGGCCUUAUCAAGUUUCGCUGCUGGUAGUGCUUCCGAAUCGCUAAGAAAAUCCGUUGCGGUGCUACUGCGCCAGUCUUUGAUGGACAGUGACGACGAAGUGCGGGAUCGUGCGACGUUUUUCUCGAAGUCCCUUGGACUUGAGGCAUACCAAAAGCAUACCGGAGAAUCUCGGAAUCCUGAAGAAGUGUCAAAGAUGCAGGAAGGGACGAAAAACAUGCUGUCCCUUCCGUGCCCCAUCGCGAAUCUCGAGGCAGAACUCCUGCUCUAUGUCGCAUCGGGCAAUUCUGAGCAGGCCUUUGAUAUCAGCUCAGUCUCAAAGGCUGCGAUGAUGUCAACGGCAGGCCAUCCGACUUUGGAAACAGGCGACGCGACGAAUCGACAAUCCGCAUUGGGCCGCGCUCAAAGGGGGCGCCCGACACCUCCCGCAGACCUAGCUGCGGAAGUUCUGAAAGUUCCCGAUUUUACAUCACUUGGAAGGCCAUUCAAGUCUUGUCCCCCCAAGGAUCUUACCGAAGCCGAAACAGAGUACACUGCCCAAGUCAUCGUUCACUUGUACGAAAGUCAUGUGAUUUUGGAGUUCGUCUGUGUGAACACUCUCAAUGACCAAUUGCUUGAGAACGUCUUUGUGCAAGUGGAUACGUCUGCGGCGUCAGGCUUGGGUGGAAUGACGAUUGUGCCUGCGGCACGUCUCGCUUACGGUGAGCCAGCCCGGAAUUACGUGUCGAUCGAACGAACAGAUGAUGGGGAAUACCCGUUGGGUGACCUUGCAUGCACGAUGAAAUUUAUCGUGAAAGACGUUGACCCAUCAACUGGAGAACCAGAUGAGGAAGGAUAUGAGGAUGAGUAUGGCCUGGACGACCUGCCACUAACAAUCUCUAACUUGAUGGCGAAACCAGCCGAAUUACCCGGUUCGUUCAAGGCUGCAUGGGAGGCACUUGGUCCAGACAAUGAAGUGGCUGAUAGCUUUUUAUUGGAGCAACACGAUAACGUCGCAUCUGCUGUGAAGGGGAUGAUGGCAUUGUUGGGCAUGGCACCAUGCGAGGGUACUGAAGUUGCCAACGAUCGCGCCAGAGGGCACAUCCUGCUGAUGACAGGUGUGUUCAUGCCCGGUAUUCAAGUAAUGCUCCACUCCAAAUUCACUGUGGCGUCGGAUGGUGUGAAUCUCGAGAUUGUUCUGAGAAGUGAGGACCUAUCUAUCAGCGAAGUCCUGGCGAAUUCAAUCACGGGCACAGAAUAGAGGUAACGCUCCAUGUAAUGAAAGAUAAAGAAUAUGGCUUGUCCACAGACACUUCUCGCUUGCUU